AUGCUUGUCCGGCUCCUCCCCCUCGUGUGGUGGUUCGGCGCCGCCUCCGCGCUGCAUCUUGCCGCGCUCCACCGCCGCGUCGCCGUCGGCGCCGACAGCUCGCUCCAGCUGAAGGUCGUGUACGACGCCGACCGCCUGUCGCCGCUGCCGUGCGUGCUCUUCUUCAGCGGGGCUGACUGCUCCCACGAGUCGUACAUGUGGCUCGCCGAGCGGCUCGCCCGGGCUGGCUGCGCGGUGGCGCUCUCGUCGUGCGUGGUGCCGUUUGGGCCGAAGACGUGCCUCUUGUCGACGCCGUUUGACCUGGGCGCGCUGGGCAGCCUCGAGGCCUACAAGCGGGGCCCUUCGCGCGCCGGCAUCGCCGCGAUUCUCGACGAGCUGCGAGCUCUCGCUGCCGCCUCGGACGGGCCCCUCGCCGGCCGCCUCGACCUGGGCCGCCUCGCCGUCGGCGGCCACUCGUCGGGCGGCCGCACCGCCCUCGACCUCGCCUCGUUCGAUGAGCCGUUCGGCGUCGCUGCAGUCUUUUCGUACGGCGCGUCGCUGGUCAACUCGGGGAUGGGCGCCUUUGCGGAGCGCGGGUCGGUGCUCCCGUGCGACGCCGCGCGCCCGCCCCCUCUGCUCCUCUUGGGCGGCUCGGAGGACGGCGUCAGCGCCGGCUUGUCCGAGAGCGGCGAUGCGACCGAGACGCUCCGACGGACGAUGGCCGAAGGCGUGGCGCCGGGGAGUGGGCGUGCCGAGCUCUGCAUCCUUCGCGGCGCCAACCACAUGGCUUUUUGCGAGCCCGUCGACCCCACUUGCAGCGCCGUCGACUCCGACCGCCCUCUCGGCGCCGACGGCGCGGCGGUCCGCUCGGCCCUCGGCGCGCUCAUUGUCGACUUCCUCGGCGCCGCAGGGGUCGCCGGCUCACGGCUCGCGCCGGAGGAGCGCACGGCCGCGCUUGCACCUCCGCUCAUCUUCGCGGCGGACGCGGUACGCGUCCCGGAGGACGCGCGAUGCGUCGGGGCCGAGGUCGCUGCUGCCGGCGCCGCGACAGCCGCCCAACCCGCCGGCCAGGCCGCCGCCGCCGCCGCCGACGAGGUCGCUUGGGAGGCGCUGCGCGGUGGGCUGCGCGGAUCACUCGACGGCUUUGCGUCGCCGGCAGUGGAGUGGGGGGUUCGGUACGCAAACGAAGCGGCCGAAAGUGGCGGCGGCGGUGGCGGCGCGGCAUCGGGGAGCGCCGGCGCAAAGUCAGUGGGCGUCAACUUGUGGUUGACGAGCCGGCUACCAGUGCCACACAUGACGCUCUAUGUCGGCGUGCGCGCCGGACGGGCGACGCUGAUGGCGGACCAUUUGCCACGCUUCGACUUGGGCGAGCGGCCGGAGCACGUCGCAGCCUUCUACGGCGGCGAGCAGGCGAGUCGGUGGUCUGCGGCGCAGCGGGUGAAGGGUCUUACGCCGUUCCGAUCGAGCGACCCGUCGGUGCGCGCGCUGCAAGGGCCAAACGCGCUCGCGCUGCACGGCGCCGCCGCCGACCCACACGCAGUCUCGGCGUUGGUGGCAGAGCUGGAUCGGCACGCGGGGGCGUGGUUGGGCUGGGUGCGUACCACGCCGCUCCUCGAUGAUGGCGCGGAGGCGGAGGCGGUGACGGUCCAUCGCGACUUGGGCAGCUUCAUGGCGGCGAAGCCCGGGCUGGAGGUGCUCGGCGAUGCUGGCAAGCCGGAGGUGCUCGUGCGCGCGCACGCGUUCGCAGAGCCCGACUGGCGGUCCUUUGACCGCCCGCUGGCCAACACGCCGGAGGGGGUGUACACCUAUGUGCACGAACUCGCCGCCGCCGCCGGGACGGAGAGCGGUCCGCUGGCCGGCCCGACGAUCUGCCUCAAGCUCAAGCGACGGGAGGCUGUCGCCGCCGCACUCGGCGGGACAGCCCUCGAUGAUUUGGCGGCACGAGAGGGGGAUGCGCCCGACUUGGAGGCGGCGAGGCGCGUCAACCAGCUCGCGUGCGGGUGGCAGCCUCCCCCGUCGCUCUGCGCCGCCCGCUCCACCGGCGAGCCGCUGCGCCUCGAGCUGACGGGCGACCGCGAGCUGCUGGACGCUCCGGACGGGCCGCUUGGCAACAAAGGCGGCUUGUACAUCGAGUCGCGUGUGCGCGUCGCACCCGCAGAGGGCAACCCUUCGGUGCUGCGUGUGACGAGCCCGACGAUCACCACGCCGCUCGUGGGCGUGCCAGAGCAGUUCCGCGCGGGCCACUACAUGAAGGCCAGCGUCGCCGCCGCCGCGGCGAAGGCGAAGUGGGUUUUCAAGCAGGAGGAUAAGGUGGUGAAGCGCUCAGGUGGAGAGAGCGAGUACGGUGAGGUUAUCGGCGAUGCGCAGCUGCUCAAGGAGGCGGCAGACGCUGAGGCGAACGAGCUCGAAGCGGCGGCGGACGCGGCGGAGACGGCGGCCGGACCGCGGACGCCGCCGGGGACGCCGCCACCGGCGGCGCCGCCGACGAGAAAGUACGGCUGCGCGCUCUGCGGCUCAAAGCUCCACAACCUCACCACGACGAAGAAGGAUGAGAGGACGGUGACCUGCCCCUACCACAACGACUUCAAGGCCGUGAUCGGCAAGAAGGACGAGGUCAAGUACGUCAAACUCAACCCGAAGGAGAGGAUGGCGAAGCGGGCGGAGGAGGCGGCGAAGAAGGAGGAGGAGGCGGCGAAGGAGGAGGAGGAGGAGGAGGAGGGAGGGCCCACCAUGGUGCUCCUGGAGGGAACGGCGGUGCAGCUCCACGGCCUCGUCACACGGCCCGAGCACAACGGGCGGCGUGGCGAGGUGGCCGGCUACGACAGCUCUGCGGGAAGGUACAUUGUCGCGGUGUGCGGGGGUCUCGGGCCGCCGACGAAGCUCAAGCUCAGGCGCGAGAACCUGAUCCUGCCUGCUGCCUCCGAGCCCCGAGCGCCCACCUCGCUGCCGGCCCACCUCGCAAAGCGGCCGCGCUGCUCGGCCCACGCUCCCUCCGAGGCAGCCCCCGCUGCGGCGCCGCUCGCUCCGGUGAGCAAGGCGGCCAUCUUCUCCGGCGUGCGGGUGCUGCUGGCGGUGCGGCUCCCCGAUAAGCUGCGCGAGCUGCAGGAGGGAGUGGUGCGUCGCGGCGGCGGGGACGUGGUGAGCGACGUGCGCGAGGCGACCCACCUUGCCCUCGAGCCGGACCGCCGCCCCUCCGAGCUGGCGUGCCUAGCAGCGCUGCCGCAGGCCGAGUGGCCGCGCCUCGUGACGAAGGAGUGGGUCGGGCAGUGCUCCAAGGUCCUCUCCGCCGACGGUACGCGGCGCGACGUGCUGCUCAAGCACCGCCACCCCCUCGACCAUCGCAUGGCCAGCCCAGCCGACAGCCCGGCGCGCACUCCGCCGCCGCCUGCGGGGACGGCGACGCCGCCGCGAGACGGCGGCGCCGCCGCGGGUGCCGCCGGGCCCUCUGAGCCGGUGGAGGCCGUGCCAGCGACCGCGGACCCGCGCUGCAUCGUCGCGUGGAACUGCUGCGGACUGGAGAAGCGGCUGCAGAGUCAGAGGGACAGCAGCGCGCUCGGCGACUUUCUGGCGACGCGGCGGCCCGACCUUCUCUUCCUCUCCGAGGUCAAGAUGGCGCGCGAGCGCGGCGACGUCUCGCACUGCCCAAAGGAGGAGGGGGACCGGCGGCGCAUCCUCAGAGCGGAAUCGACUUGCCUCGCCGGCUACGAGUGCACCUUCGCCCUGGGCCUCAAGAGGGCGGCCGGAUCGGCGGUGCUGUGGCGAGACGGGUCCGCGCCCCGCCGGCUCUGGCGCUACUUGCCGGACGACCUCGAUGCGCCGCCAAGCGACGCGUGCGACGAGGACGGCCGCGUGCUGCUCACAGAGUGGCCGUCGCUGCUGCUGCUGCACACGUACAGCCCAAACGUGGGCCAGACCCCCGAGUCGUACCGCCGCCGCACGAAUUGGGACGCACGCGUCGCAGAGUGGGCGGAGCACGCCGCUUCGUGGGCGUCGGCGCGCGGCCUUGCCGUGGUCUACAUGGGCGACCUGAACUGCGCGCCGCAGCACGAGGACGUGACGUGGUGCCGCUGCAACCCGAAGAACCGGCGCGGCUGCGCUUGCCCGCUCGACGCGUGCGCACAAGGCAGCGGCGCGACGGCCGGCUGGAUGCUUGCGCAGCACCCCUCUGCCACAGACGACGGCGGCUUCACCGGUCAGAACGGCGUCUCGCCCAACGAGCGGCGCGGAUUUGCCGAGCUGCUGCGGCGCGGCGGCUUGGUCGACGCCUUUCGCCACCACCACCCCGCGCCGGCCGGCUGCCCGCCGCCUGACCCGUUCGCAGACGACACCUUCUCGUACCGCGGCUGGCCGGGCAAUGACGAGAGGGACCCGGCCUUUGCCAAGUAUUACCGACGAGGCAUGCGCAUCGACCACGCGCUCGUGAGCGCGGCGCUGCUUCCGCGCGUCGUGGCGUGCAAUAUCCUUGGCGCCGGGGAGAGCUGCGCAGGCGCGGGCUUUAUGGGCUCGGACCACGCGCCGAUUGUGCUCUGCCUAGCGCGUGGCACUAGUCCGCGAGCAGCUGAUAAUUAG